AUGGAAAUGCCAACGACUAUGUGCAAUUGUAUAAAUGCAUGUCGCAAUCAAGAAACAGACAAUUUGCAAACUGAAAUCAUUCGAAAUCGUAUUUUACAAUAUAAUGAACCAAGUUCAAGACGUGGUAGUGUUGGAGUAAGUAUUUUUAAAAAUUAUUUCAUGUACAAAUAAUAAUCAUAUAAUAAUGAUUUAAUAAAAAAGAGAGAAAGUAAAAUACAACUAACAUAUUUUGUAUUUAAUGCUUAAAAACAGUCAAUAACGACAUGAAUUAUUGCUUUUAGUUAAGCAAGUAAUGAGACAUCGAUCUAUACUCGGCAUUGCCAUUAAAAGAAACAGAACAAACAUAGAAAACACAUAAUAAUUUAUUAGAAAAAAAAAAAACCGAGCACGAUAGACAAAAGAGACCGGCAGUUCAUAGACUUGCAAGCAUAAAAGAAAAACCAUUCGGCAUAUUGUUCUAUCAAUCGAGAUUGCAUUAUUCUCCGAUGUAUUUGACUUUGUUUUUUUUUUUUUCUUAUAUUGAGAAUAGAAACAGAAAUACAUAUGUCUGUUUACCAAUGCCUAUAAUCAUUUAUUGACUUUUAUGUUAAAUGAGCAGCAGCAGCAGCAAGUCCCACGAAUGUCUUAUUUCCUCCGUUAUAGUUUAUUACUGUAUAUAUAUAUAUGUGCAUGUAUGCGUAUAAAUCAUCUUUCCGAUAAAUUUUCUUCGUUCUAUUAUUUGCUAUCUAUUCUAUAUUAUCAUUAUUAUUAUUAUCAUCAUCAUCAUCAUCGCCAUUCAAAAAAGAAUAGAUUCAUUAUCAUUACUCAUUAGGAAUAUACUAAAUCAUUAUUGACAAAAAUAUUUCCGUUAAUUUUAUAAUCAAAUACUUGACAAUAACUAUUUAACAGAAAGAUAUACGAGAAAAUUUGAUAUUAUAAUGUAAGUAUACAACAAUUCAUUAUACAUACAAUAAAGAGUAGGAAUGCUUUUCGUGUCUUUUUUUUUUUGAAAAUAUAUUCUUAUUUGUUGCAAAAACAUAAAGAAAGAAUUUUCCUUUUUUUAUCAUCCCACUUGAGACAUUUAACAAUAGAGUAUACUAUAGAAGAAUAGAAUCAUGAUUGUUCUGUUUGAGAAUGAAAAAAGUGUUGAUUAUUGAAAAAAAAAACAAAUAUACUCUUAGAUCAUUGUUCUAUUCAUGAUAAUAUAUCGUGACAAUGAAAGAGAUCUACUCAGUUAGAUAAUUCAUAUCUCAUUCGCUUGAUAGGAAACGUUUUAACAAACAUGUCUUUUCUUUUUUUCUUAUAUAACUUCUAUAAUCAUGUUUAAGUUUUUAAGAUAAAUUCCUAUAUUCAAUAUAUUUAGAGUUUAUUUUGAAUUGAAAACAAAAAGAAAAAGAAAUAAUAUAGAAAUUUAACACGUUCCGUUCCGGAUUUGCGUGACAUAAUGUAUGUACUAGCAUUAUUAUUAUCUUUUUUUUUUUUUCGUUUAUAUUCAAUGUAAAGAGAAAAAUAGAUGAGAGGCAUGCACGUUUCUUAAUAUUUGUCUUGAUCAAACUUUUCUAUAUUUCUUCUAUCUUUUAUAUCAGAAUAAUUCACAACGAAAUAACAUACAAAAUUGUUCCCAUCGUAUAGUGAAUGAUUGUUACAAUAGUUAACAUCACAAUCUGUUAGAAUUAUUAUAAGUAUUUCCUAUAGGACACAGUAAGAUAUUAAAAUGCUUUCCACUCAUUUUUUUUUCUUGUAUUUGUUGCUAUUGCUUAAUUGUAAUGAAACGAGAGAAAUGCUUUCUAUAAAUUGCUUUAUUUUCAUAUCCUUAAGGCUUUUUUUACGGAAUCGUUAUAUGUAUAUGUAUGUUAAUAAACUGACUAAUAGCUUUCUAAGAUACGAUUUUUAUUUGAUUAAUGUAAAGCUAAAUAAAAAUAAAAUCAAUUUUUUUUUUUUAUUAAUAUACGUUUAGAAUAUAAACAGAAUGACAUGUAAG